ACAGUAGCUGUAAACACCAUCGCACUUCUGGUCAGGACUUUCAACUUAAAAGACGGACUGACGAGAUGGUCUGCAGCUGAGAAGAUAACAGAUAGUGUUAUCUAGAUUAGAUUGAUCAAAUUAAUCCUUUUUAUUUAUAUUAUUUGCAUGCUUUUUAUCUAAUAGAGUCUAUCUUUUGUGGGAAGAAUAAAGGGGUUCUGAUCCUCCUGCCUCUCUGUAACCCACAUACCGUUCAGAUGCUCUUAUUCUGAAGGCUACUUCCACAACAUCGUGUGUUCUAUCGGCUCGGUAACUUUCCCUCAGAAACAACACGGAGCUCCGGAGGAUCCGCAGCUCCUUAAUGUUCACUUUACUCCCUUUAUUCCCUCUAUUCCAGUUAUCCUUUUUAUUCCCUUUAUCCUAUAUAUUUGUUUCGUCAAUUCAACCAAUAACAGACCUGUUUGUUCCGCGGAGGGACACACAAAACGCUUCACAGCCUCGGAGGGAUUUAUUCUGUUAGCAUUAUCUUAGCAGAGAGAAGUAGCCCCUGAAGAGAAGCUUUCCGCGAUGUCGCUGGUGGACCUGGGGAAGCGUCUGCUGGAGGCGGCUCGGAAAGGUCAGGACGAUGAGGUCAGGAACCUGAUGGCCAACGGAGCGCCAUUCACCACCGACUGGUUGGGGACGUCUCCGCUCCACCUGGCUGCUCAGCACGGUCAUUACUCCACGGCGGACGUGCUGCUGAGGGCCGGCGUCAGCAGAGACGCUCGCACCAAAGUGGACCGGACACCGUUGCACAUGGCGGCCGCCGAGGGCCACGCCGUCAUCGUGGAGCUGCUGGUCCGGAGCGGCGCCGACAUCAACGCCAAAGACAUGCUGAAGAUGACAGCGCUGCACUGGGCGGCGCAGCAUGGGCAUCACGGCGUGGCAGAGACGCUCAUCAAACACGGCGCUGACGUGCACGCGCUCAGCAAGUUCGACAAGACGCCAUUCGACAUCUCAGUGGACAUCCAGAAUACAGAGCUGAUGCUGCUGCUGCAGGAGGGCAUGCAGAACCAGGUGAACAUGAACCAGGUGAGCAUGAACGUGGACACGAGCGGCAACACCAACCAGCCUCAGUUCAUCAUCCAGGGCAUCCCCUCUCUGCAGGGGGGGGUGGUGAACCUCGCAGAUCUGCUCAACAAGGCCAACCACGGAGACUCGGAGGAGGCGAUGGCGGCCAGCGCUCUGGACUCCAACAUCCAGCAUGCCACUGUGGUGAACGAGGGGGGGCAGAGGGUCAUCACCAUAGUAACGGACCAGCAUGGAAACCUGCAGACGCGGGGGGGAUGGCCCCCCCCCUUCUUCGUCACCAUGCAGCACGGCCAGCAGAUGCUGGCGGUGCCGGCCAACACGGUGACGGAGGAGGUCGUGACGGAGGAGGCGCAGCCCCCCCCCUCCAGGAAGAGGAAGCUUGAGGCGACCAACAACAACCACAGCGAGGGCGGAGAGACGGAGAUGCUGCAGAGGCAGCUGCUGGAGGCCAACAGGAAGGCGCAGGAGUACCGGACACAGCUGAUGAGGAAGGAGCAGGAGGCGGAGGAGUACCGCAUCAAGCUGGAGGCCAUGUCUCAGACUCACCCCAACAACCACCCUGAGGAGGUGGUGGGGGGGGAGGAGGACGAGGAGGGGGGCGUGGUGGAGGAGGAGGGGGAGAUGGUGGUGCUGCAGGAGGGAGGCAUCAUCAUGGAGGGGGAGGAGGGCCAGGUGACGCUGGUGGAGACGGGAGGGGAGGCCACGGAGGUCAGCUCCUAACAGACUGGAUGGGUGAGGGGGGGGGCACACAAUGGCUGCCUCAAAACAGAGAGACGAUUCAAGAUGGGGGGGUUCCGUCUGCACCAUUCUGGACCCCCGUAUGAAUCCCAACAGAGAGGAAACACAGCAACAGGACUGAGAGAGGUUUCAUCAAGCAGGGGGGGUCCCUUCAUACCAACAGAGAGGGGCAGAAGGGUUUCAUUAAACCAGAGGAGUCGAUCAAGGAGUCAGGUCUGCAUCCCUGGAGACUCUUAACGAAGGGAGCAGUCCCACAGCCUGACACAGACGACCGAUAGAGGAUUAAACUUACAUCGGGGGGGGGGCUUUCCAAGAGGAUCGCAGGAGGAGGAGCUCAGACAUUAGGAUCUAGUCUGCACCAUGCUGAGUCUGUGUCUAUCCGAGUGCCUCAUGAAGGAUGGAGAGUAACGGGGAGGAAGAGAGGAAUAUUGUUUUAGUUUAGGACUUGAACGCCACCGGAGCAGAUCACCCUGCUGUGCUUCUCACAUCCCUUUUUAUUCCCAGUGCCUCUGACGCCUCCCCAGUCCUGAGUCUCUCUCUAACCUCUCCCUGACAGACUGACUGAGCGAGGGAAGCCAGCCAGUUGUUCAGGACCUCCUCGGACACUAAAACCCACUGAACUGCUUUCUUUUUAUUUUGUUUUGUUUGUAAUCAUUCUGUUUUGGGAUGUGACAUCUCGUACGAUUUCUGACAAACUUCCUGAAAAUGUUCCCGUUGUUUGUGAAGCGGAGCGUCUGUAAUCCCGGACUUCAGAUCCAUCAUGCACACCUCUGCUCAUCAUUAUGGGUUUAUUUAAAUGAUCCGGUCCAUCAGGGCUCCUGAUUACACCAUCAGAUAUUCAAUCAUUUCAUAAGAGUCUUAGUUUAGAAUAUCUAACGUCCCGGUCUUCAAAUAUACAAGACAUUAUUCUCCCCAAAACAGCAGAUAUUCACAAUCUAGUUCCUGAAAACCGCCUCUCUCUGAGUUUUUUAUUAAUAAAGCUAGAGAGGAGAACAUUAAAAUAAAUCAGGAUUAGCUUUAUUGUCUUCAAAUGUCCAAAAUUCAAGCUAAUUUAAAUUACAGCCAAAUAAAAUCAUAAAAAGUACAUUUGAGAAUCUGAAACCAGUCAUUUUUUGUUUAAAUUAAGUCAUAAAAUAUUAAUACCAUUUAGCAUGUAUUUCCAGUUACUUAUCAGCUGUGACUGGAUCUAUAACCCAUUUUAAUUUUAAGAUGAUUGACGUGUUUUUAGCCCUUUAAUAACAUUCCUAUAAUUCACACGUCCGUUUCUUAGACGCGGCGUCCUCUCUUCCAGGCUGCUGUUUAUUGACACAAAAUAAGCAUUAAAGUUAAAAAUAUUCUCUGAGAUCAACAUAGUAAAAACAAGACGAAAAAAUCCAAAUUUAACCAAAAAAAUCUGAAUUUUUUUUACUUAAAUUUCCGAGAAUUCCUGUGUUAUUUUUCCUCACGUUUAUAAAUUCAAAGUCCCAGAAUAUUCCAGUUUUUACUUUGAAAUGUGUGCCUUUUUUUUCUUGACAAUUUACAACAUGUUCAAAGCCUAGUUAUAACCUCAUAAUGUCAGGAUAUUCUAGUUAUUAGUUGUUAUUUUGAUGCCAUAAUAAUUAAAGAUAAACGCGAAUCUCCUCCGGGUCAGUUUCCUGUUUCAGUCCUGAAGGUUCUUGAAGAUUCUGACGGUUCCUGUCCGCUGACGCUCCUUCCUGUCUCUGUUUUCAGUUGAUGGUUAUUUUUAUACACUUGGCAAACCUUUUUCUAUGUACAUAUAAAAUUGUAUUUUUCUAACUGUACCUGAAUGCUUCACCGUGAUGAUGAUGAUGGCUGCCUGCAUCGGUAAUCUGAAAUAUAAACACUUGUUUUUUGGA